AUGCAAGCAUCUUUUGGUGACACCAGCAACACCUACACCGUGCUCGCUGCCAACGUCCGCUGCUCCGAUGUCUUCCCGGUCUACGGCCUCACACUCGCCCAGUUCCAAGACCAAAAUCCAUCGGUGUCGUGUGCAGCACCCAUCCCACCCUCCACUGUGCUCAAAGUGGCCAGCCCAGCCUCUCUCAUCCUCUGCUCCGUCUUCUACACCACUCAGCAGGGCGACACCUGUGCGGACCUAGCAUUGUAUUUCAAACUGCGCUCGUCCUGCCCAUCUAGCGCCUGCACGGCCAAAUUCCAGGCGCUCAACCCCAGCUUGGACUGCACUGCCAACGGCGGGCUGCUGCAGCCCGAGCAGGCGGUGUGUGUGGAGCGCAUGAGUGAUCAAGUGGGGCUCAUCCCGGUGUGCUCGCAGUACUACCUGGUGCAGAGCGCAGAGACUUGCGACUCCAUCCGCAAUGUGCCCUUCCCCGCUCUGAGCCCCGUUGACUUCUUCCGUCUCAACCCCGGCAUCAAGUGCAACCGCCUCAUUCCGAAGACCAAUGUUGACGGCUUCACUGGCUUUGAGGCAUGCAUAGCAAGCUCCACUUCCUACACUCAGGGCUUGUGCCCACGCGCGAAUGCGUAUGUGGUGGGGACAGGCGACAGGUGCACGGGCCUUCAGGUGAAGUACUUCCGGGGCAUCAAGGGCUGCUACAGGAAAGUCAACGGAUACGACUGCAUCGACAAGCUCGUCAAAUCAACCCGCGUGUGCCUGCCUGACAAAGUCAAGCUUAAGAAGGGAAAGUGCGACAACUGA